AGGUGUUAUGUAUACCAAUAAUCUUAAGUAUCAAUAUGUAAGAAUGCUUGUAACUACCCAAACACAAGUCCGAAAGGAUACAUAAUUCGUUAAUUGUACCAAGCAAUGUUUGAAGUUUGAGUUUCGCUUUUGUGGUACUUUCAGUCGUGCGUUACGCUGAUGGCCAAAAGCAAUAAUUCUGUUUUCGACCCAUGGAAUACUUUUUACGAAACCCCAGAAGAGCAAGCUGCCAUAAAACAGAGAGCGAAAAUGAGGGAUGCAAUGAAGGCUGAGUACAGGAAACGAUAUACAAAUCCAUUCAACCCCCCAAUGGGUCAUUUGCACGAUCCUGCAUUGCAACACCAUUUUUCAGCCCAGGUUACAUAUGCAGAAUAUUUACGUCCAUUCCCCAAAUUGGGACUAAUCGCCCUUGGAGUUUUAGGCGUAGGGUGUCUAGCGAUGGUAAUAAAAGGAAGGCUUAAGAAACGCCGGUUCCAAGAAUAUGAUUGUGGUGAAUUGACUUAUCGAGAAAGAUGGGGAAGAAAUACAUGGUUAUAAAACUCUGUAUGAUUUCUUUUAACUUUGUAACCAAUUCAUUAGUUAAUUGAAAUAAAUUAGAUCACCUUAU